AUGCUGAAACGAGCCCUUAACCCGGCAAAACUGAUCGUUCGCGCAAAAACCACUUCCGCUAGGCCUCCAGUCAACCCAAAAGGAAAGUUCGACGACAAGACUGAAGCCGAUCUUGAAGCGGUUAGAAGAAUGCCAGCUAGUCAAAAGGGAAAGCUUUACAUGGAAGAAGCGCCUAUUCAGAAGCACCCUGGUGGAGUAAACCCAGAAACUGGCGAACGGGGAGGACCUGGUGGCGUUGAACCAACAAGAUUUGGCGACUGGGAGCGAAAGGGCCGCGUAACUGACUUUUAA